AUGAGCACACAGGAAAUUGUGUAUCACCAGCAGAAGAUCGACCAGAUUGUGAGAAAAUUGGUUGAUCUAGAUCUCGAACUGGAGAAUGUUCGAGAAACACUUCAAGAACUCUCUCCCAACCCGGGUGAUCCAGUGGCAAAUCAAAUAAGAAAGAAUUGUGAAAGAUUGGUGGAAUUCUUGUGGGCAUUUCGACGAAACCUGCUCAAUCAGAAGAUUAUUUCAGAGCAUAUGGUGGAAAUUCUGGAAGUGGACUAUCAUCUCGAGAGUGAGAUUGCCGGACUACAGCUGGAACGCCAAAUCCUCAGAGAUCAUCGUUGUUAA